GCCAAUUUUCCAUCUUUGGCAGACGGGCCUGAUCCUGGGGAAAGACGCCUCCAUGGGAGCAGAUCUCAGCCAUGGGAAUGCCGAAAACUUAUGUGUGGGCCCCGCCCCGCAGUCCGGCCCCAGGAUUAGGACAACACCAGCCCGAACCCGGCCCAAGGGCCCAGCCGUGGGGAUCGAUCUGGGCACCACCUAUUCCUGUGUGGCCGUGUGCCAGAAGGGCAGGGUGGACGUCAUCGCCAACAACUACGGCAGUCGGACCACCCCCAGCUGUGUGGCUUUCACAGACAGGGAGCGCCUCGUGGGGGAAGCGGCGGAGAUGCAGAGAGUCCUCCACCCAGAGAACACAGUCUUUGGUGCCAAGCGACUGAUCGGGCGUAGGUACGACGACCCUGCGGUGCAGAGCAGUAGGAACCACUGGCCCUUCCAAGUGGUGGGUGGAGAAGAGAGAGUCCAGGUGAAGGUGUCCUACAGAGGGGGGGAGAAGGCCUUUUAUCCUGAGGAGAUCUCUGCCAUGGUGCUGUCUAGGCUGAAGCAGGUGGCAGAGGCCUACCUGGGCCGCCCAGUCUCACAGGCGGUCAUCACCGUCCCAGCCUACUUCAACGACGCCCAGCGGCAGGCCACCAUCGACGCCGCGGCCAUCGCCGGACUCAAGCUGCUGUGCCUGAUCAACGAACCCAGCGCUGCCGCCAUCGCCUACGGCCUGAAUGUUGGCCCUCACUGGAAAGCCAAGAGAAACAUCCUCAUCUUCGAUCUGGGCGGGGGAACGUUGGAUGUGUCCGUCCUCAGCAUCCAAAAUGGCGUCUUCGACGUGAUGGCUAUCAGUGGAGACACCCAGCUGGGCGGGGAAGAUUUUGACCAACGGCUGCUGAAUCAUCUUGUGCUGGAGUUCAAGAAGAAGCACAGCGAGGACAUCAGCCAGAGCCACAAGGCCAUGCAGAGGCUGAAGGCGGCCUGCGAAAAGGCCAAGCGGGCCUUGAGUUCCAACGUGAGGGCCACCAUCUCCGUUGACUCCCUCUACAACGGAGUCGAUUUCUGCAUAACGAUCACCAGGGCCUGCUUUGAAGACCUGUGUGCUGACCUCUUCCAGACCACUAUGGAGCAUGUGGGGAGGGUGCUGGAGGAUGCUGGGAUUAAGAAGACGCAGGUUCAUGACAUUGUCCUUGUGGGAGGAUCCACCCGCAUCCCCAUGAUACAGAACCUUCUCUCAAAAUUCUUUGAGGGGAAAGAGCUCAACAAGAGUAUCAACCCAGAGGAAGUCGUGGCCCAUGGGGCAGCCGUCCAAGCGGCCAUCUUGACGGGCCAUCGAUACCAGAAUCUGGAGAAUCUUCUCCUCUUGGAUGUGACCCCAGUUUCUCUAGGGCUGGAGACCGUUGGGGGCGUGAUGGACGUUUUGGUCAAGCGCAAUUCCCCCAUCCCGACCAAGGAGACCAGGAACUUCUCCACCACCGAAGACAACCAAACCAGCCUUUUCUUGCAAGUCUAUGAAGGGGAACGAACUCUGACCAAACACAACCGUCUCCUGGGAACAGUCACUCUCAGUGGCCUUCAGCCUUCUCCCCGCUGCGUGCCGGUUAUUGUGGUCACCUUUGCCAUCAAUCACAACAAUAUCCUCACGGUUUCUGCUAUGGAAAGGAACACCGGCAACAGUAAGCAGUUGGUCAUUACGGACACCCGAGGACGGCUGGAUAGAGAAGAGAUGGAGCGCAUCCUAAAAGAGGAGGAAGAACUCAGAGAGCAAGAGAAGGUGGAGCAGGAGAAGAUCGAAGCUCUGAACUCUUUGGAGUCCUCCACUUUUCAGCUCAAGAGGACCGCAGAGCAAGGGAAGUCUCUGGAUGAUCGAGCCAAGAGGAGAGUGCUGGAGAUGUGUGAGGAGACCACACUGUGGCUGGAAGAAAACCAGUUGGCUCCGAAGAAGGAGUACGAGGAAAGGAAGAGAGAGCUGGAAGACGUGUGCUAUUCUAUCAUCACGCAUUUUAGUAAGGAGGACAAAAUGGAGAAAGGAUGCUAAUGCCGGUAGCGGAGCUCAUUAAAGAAAAAUAG